AUUCGCUCAUGUUUUCCAGGUUGUUGUAGGAGCUUCAUUGGCCUGUCUGUUGUUUUGGUCAACGCUCAAUAGAUUUCAGCACAUUUCACUCGGUCAUCGGGUUCAAAUAUGGACCCGAAGCACAAAAAACUGCUCCGAUCUCAGCGGCGACAGUUGGCCGACGAGCUUUUAGUGAACGACAUGAUCAUUCAAUAUUUAUGUCUGGAGAUCUUAACAGAGAGUAAUUUAGGGGAGAGACAGUCAUCUAACAGAAAGAAAGUGUUGAAGCUGCUGGAUAUUCUGCCCACGAAACAUCACUUUAUACAAUCAUUAAAGAAAGAGUUUCCCUGGAUCAAAGACACUUUACUACAGCCACUGUGUGCAGAAGACAACGAGUCUCCUCCGUCCUUCACAAUUCAGUGUGGUGUACCCGACCACAUCCUUCCGACAGUUCCGACCAUGCUGCAUCUCAACUAGCUGGCUGCUCAUCUCGGCCUUGAGUGGAAGUCUGUCCUGCUGGACCUGGGCCUGUCCUCUGCAGAUCUGUAUCGUUGUUGUGCUGACCACCAGCUCAUGGUACUUGCUGGCCUGGUGAUGUGGAAGCAGAGGAACGGAAGAGACGCCACUGUGCAGCGUCUGCUACAAAGCCUACAGACUGCAGACGUCCCACCAUCUGUUAUUCAACAGGUGUUUGCGUGAGGUCAUGGUGGAGGGGACACUUGAGACGUGUUUUUGUGGAUGCCACAAACCCUACCACUGUUGGGCUUUGGAAAACACUUGACAAACAGACAUUAAAGGAAGAGUAUCCUUAUGUGACUCACUGCCAUACAUUGAACAUUGGGACACUGUCACCUAGUAUAACUCAGCAGUGCAUAUGGAAUUAAUCGUUAGCCUUGAUUUAGUUCUAGCUUUGAAAAUUCAAACUACAAUAAAAGUUUUCUUAAUUAUGCUCCCAAAAUUUCUUCUUUUUAUUACACUUGAAUGAACAUUGUAUUACUAGGGCUGUCAAUCGAUUAAUCUAUUUUUAAUCGCAAUUAAACGCAUAUAUAAUCGUAAUUAUUCGCAUAUUUAAUUGCAUUUAAUCGCAUGCAAUAAAUAUGUGCUGAGAAAGUCCCUCGAAUAACAAUAACUCAAUAUAUAAUUAUUAAAUAAUUAUAAAUAGUUAUAUUUAAAUAAUUAUAAAUAUGAAAUAUAUUACAAAUAUAAUAAUUCAGAUCUUUAAAAUGCAUUACGUUAUUGUGGCAGACAAGGAAAGAAUUGAUAAGACAAUACAAAAAGUGGCUUUAGAAGUAAAUAUAUUGUUUAUUACCAUAAUUUUGAACAUAAGCCAAUCAGUUCACAGCAAUCCAUUUUGCAACUGAAAUCGUCAAUCUGUCCGAGAUAGAUUUAUUACAAGGGCUUUUCUAAGGACGCGUCAAUGUACACAUGCGUCAAACAAACGCUUUUGGAGUGUCUCACUUUGGUUGUGUUGCACCAUAAACAGUGUUUUUAGGUUUCUAUGUCAAGCUAAACAUAGUUUGAAACUUAGGGAAACAUGUCUCGAAAUCCCUGCUUUCGGAAUUGUGCUCUGUCCAGUUGUGUUUGAAUAGAAAAACAAGUUCUCAUCUUGUGCUGUCGCAUGUGUCAAACAAGCCUGAGUUUGGUUUGUUCUUUGUACAGUAGUGUGUUGCCUAUACAGCUGGAGUUUCAUUUACUGCCCCCUGCUAAAAACAGGUGGUACUUCAAGCUUGAAUUUCUCCGAUGGUAGGAAUUUCCAUAUUAUGGUCCAGGAACAUGAUUAAUUGCGUUAAUUUGUUUAACACAUUAUUUGUAUAUAAUUAUUUUCACCAAAUGAUCGUGUUAAAUUGACAGCCCUAAGUAUUACAAAUGAAAUCAAAACAUGAUCGUUCAAAAUUCAGAUAGAUAAACUCAUUCCCUGUUUUUGUGUUGUGCUAAAUAAAAAAGAACUCAUACAGAACAUUUUGUUAUGUUGCAGCCUUAUGUUAAAAUGCUUUAAAUUAUAUAUAUAUUUUUUUUUUCACAUCAAUCUACUCUCCAUACCCCAUAAUGACAAAGCAAAAACCAGAUAUGUGAUAACUUUACAAAUGUAUUAAAAAGAAAAAACUGAAAUAUCACACUGACAUAAUUAUUCAGACCCUUAACUCAGUACUUAGUUGAAGCACCUUUGGCAGCGAUUACAGCCUCAAGUCUUGCAAGCUUUGCACACCUGGCUUUGGGGAUUUUCUGCCAUUCUUCUCUGCAGAUCCUCUCAAGCUCUGUCAGGUUGGAUGGGGACCGUCAGUGGACAGCCAUUUUCAGGUCUCUCCAGAGUUGUUCAAUUGGGUUCAAGUCCCGGCUCUGGCUGGGCCACUCAAGCACAUUCACAGAGUUGUCCCUAAACCACUCUUGCGUUGUCUUGGCCGUGUGCUUAGGGUCAUUGUCCUUCUCCCCCGAUUGCUCAGUUUGGCCAGGCAGCCAGAUCUAGGAAGAGUCCUGGUUGUUCCAAACUUCUUCCAUUUAUGAAUUAUGGAGGCCACUGUGCUCUUGGGAACCCUCAAUGCAGCCUAAGUUUUUUUGUAGCCUUUCCCAGAUCUGUGCCUCGACACAAUCCUGUCUCUGAGCUCUGCAGGCAGUUCCUUUGACCUCAUGGCUUGGUUUUUGCUCUGAUAUAAAUUUUCAGCUGUGAGACCUUAUAUAGACAUGUGUGUGCCUUUAUAAAUCAUGUCCUUUAUAAAUCAUGUCCAAUCAAUUGAAUUUGCCACACAUGGCUCCAAUCAAAGUGUAGAAACAUCUCAAAGAUGAUCCAGAGAAAUGGGAUGCACCUGAGCUAAAUUUCAAGUGUCAUAGCAAAGGGUCUGAAUACUUAUUUCAAUGUGAUAUAUCAGUUUUUUCUUUUUAAAAAAUGUGCAAAGUUAUCAGAAAUUGCUUUGUCUUUAUGGGGUAUGGAGAGUAGAUUGAUGUGAAUUUUUUUUAAGCAUUUUAGCAUAAGGCUGAAAAAAAUAAGGGUUCUGAAUACUUUCUGAAUCCACUGUACACUCUUAAAGCUUGUUUUGAUGCAAAUAGUACUGUACCACACUGUAAAAUCAGGUAGCCUAAAAAAUCUAAAUUAAAAUUUUCAAGUAAAAAAAUAUUAUUUAAUAUGACUGAAUCAACCUGACUACUGUACAUUACAUGGUCUAUUUUUCAGAUUUACACAUUUCAGAUUCAGAUUUCAGUUCAGAUGAAUUUUUCAUGAAACUAAAGGCAAAAGGGUUUAUCACAGUAUAUUUUUGGAGCUACACCACUUCAUGUUGCCUGAAAAAAUGAAACAUGUUUGAUUCUGAAGGACACUGUUGCAUCACACAUUUCUUUGCCUAAUUGCCCGUUGAGGAUGUCGCAUUCUGUGAAUGAACACCUUUUUAACAACUAUUUAUAAAUACCACAAAUACAUGCAUGGUUAAUCCAGAUACAAGGAAAACAUUAUUAGAGGUAAAAAUUAAAUUUCUCAGUUGUUUCCAAGUCUGAAUUAUUGUUAGAUA